UUUACAACAGACAAAUAAAAACCUUCAAGAUGAUGUUAUGUCUCUUGAGAAGGAAAAUAAAAGCCUAAUGAAGAAGAUGGAGGCAUUGCAACAGGCUAUUGUAUCUCCUUCAGGAGAUGUGAAAAAUAGUGCAUUGCAUCGUUUAAUAGCAGAGAGCCCAGCACCUGCAGACUUGAAGAGACCUCGUCUGUCCAGUCCUGAUGAGGAGGAUUUGCUGGUCACACCUGAAGUAGUGCGUAAGAUGUCACGCUCGGAACAAGUGACCCCACCUAAUGAAAGCUGUGAUAUUGUGGGGAGUCAGGACUCAACAACACCUCCAAUGAAAGGCUCACCUUCCAAGUCCAAACUUGUUCUUUUUCCUGGUCGUCGUCCCCUUGCUGUUACAACAAACAUUUCAAAAACCUCCAAGCAGCACCACAACAUAUUUGCAAAGAAUAAACCAUCUCUUCAAAAUAUAGGCAUGAGCUCUCAGCUGAACUCUCAAGGCAGUGGCACGCAAAUAGGCUAUGACGGCCUUGGAGGGCACCACAAAGUGGACGAUUUCCCGAAGCCACGUCCAGUUUUACUCAAAAAGAAGACUGUGAAAGUUGUUACGAAGGGUGGCUCGGCAGCAAGAGUCCAGACCACUACUCUGAAAAACUUCUUCCAGAAUACUUUUGACGACUGAUUUUUGAGACAUGAUGACAGAAGUUAACUUAUUGUAUGUGUGUGUAUUUAUUCUUUUAUGUCCAGCUUUAGAAAAUAUCUUAUAAGAAUGAGAACUUAGAUGAAUGGAAAUUGUAUAUGUCAUGUAAUAAAGCUUUGGUUUUUAAUAAAGAGAUUAUAGUAUAUUUAUUUUUAUUAGACAUUACAGUACAUAUGUGAUCAUGUAGUUUGGCAUUUUAUCUCUAAUAAAGCAAAUGGAGAGACCAUAUAAUGGCAGGUAUUUCAGUUGAGAAGUUCAGAGAGAAGUUAUACUGUAACUGUAAGUACAC